UUUUUAGCCAUAAAGUUGUCUUUCUAAACUAUAUGCAAUAUCCAAAUAGAUAACAUUUCCCCUCUUCUUCCUUUUGCUUUCUUUUUUUUCCUUCAAUUUUUAUCUUUAAGAUGGAUACACAAAUUCCUAUUAACUCUCAAAGUUUAAUGAGUCCUAAUAUUAUUAUUGAUGAAUUUGAAGAUUUGGAAGUGACACAAUUUGAUGAAGACACACUAAGAGAACUACUAUUUGAAGAAGAAGAAAAAACAAAUUAUGAUAAUAAUAAUAUUGUCCAUGAUUGUGUCAUGCAACCAAUGGUGAUUGAAAUGGCUCCGAAUUACGCGAAAAACGAGGAGGGGGAGGAAGAGGAGGAGGAGGAGCUUGUAAUCGAGGAUUUUGAGUGGCUAGAAAUGAUGGAAUUGUCAGAUACAGUCGCCUGUCACGAGGGCGGAGUAAAUGAGAUUUUUGAUGUGGGAGAAAUUGCUUUUGAUUUUUCUCAUUUUUGCUCUUCAUUUCCUUUGGAAGAAAUAGGAUAUGAUGCCUUGUGGCAAAAUAGUUCCUAAUAGUAGGUUUAAUGUUUAGUAUUAUUGUGAUAAAAAUGCUUGAAAUUAUGGGAGUGCCAUGUUGUGAAAUUUCAUAGUCAUUAAUUAUCACUCUUUCUUUCUAUUGGAUUA